GCACCAUCCUUCUGACAUGAUCAAAAUCAGGAACUGUCAGUGCAGAGUGAAGAGCCAGUAAGGGGCAAUAAAGUGCAGACCUCUAGAGGCAUUUGUCACCAUUUCACUUUCUUUUCUUUAUUUGUAGUGUAACAGUUGAGUGGAAAAAAUAUAUUUUUUCUACUUUUGUUCCUUAUGUAACAGUAAAGUAUAAUUGGAGCUGUAUGUUUGAGAAGAUUUUACAUUACAGAAUGGAGGGUUGUGUCAUUUCAUCAUCAUCAGACGAAAUCGUUGCAUAUGAUCAAGUUUUCCGACCGCCGCAAUAUGAUAUUUACCCAUACAUAACCAGUGAUCCAGAUGGUCACAUAGAGAGUGGAUGGGACUACCACACUGAUCACCCUCACCAAAGUGAGCUGGAGGUCCCAUCAAGUAGUCACUUCACUGAACUACAUCCUGCCACCUACUACUAUAGUGAUAUGGAGUCUUACCACCCGUCUCUGGAUUCAGGCCUGGGGGCUUUUGUGCCUGUCACACCUCAGUUUGCUUAUGUCUCCCACCCACUGUAUCAACGCUCUCCUCCUGCCCACUGCAGUACAGACGAUGAGGAUGCAGGGCCACGUAGUCCACCAUUUGAGGUGUCUGAGGGAGAAGAGGACCAUGAGACACUCCUUGCUAGCACAUCCACUGGCAUAACAGGCAACAAAAGAAAAAUGCGUCUUUAUCAGUUCCUUCUGGAGCUGCUUAGAGAUGGGGAUAUGAAAGACUGCAUUUGGUGGGUGGACAGAGAAAGAGGCACCUUUCAGUUCUCUUCCAAACACAAGGAGAUACUGGCUAGCCGCUGGGGCCAGCAGAAGGGCAACCGCAAGAGAAUGACCUAUCAGAAGAUGGCUAGAGCCCUCCGUAACUACGGCAAAACAGGGGAGGUCAAAAAAGUCAAGAAGAAAUUAACAUACCAGUUCAGUAGUGAGGUGCUGAGGAAAAUGUUAACAGAGAAAAAAUAUCUCUGAGGGAGGAUUCGCUCCAUGACCACAGAGGCAGGGCUUUUUUUCCCCCCCUCAAUAUUUUCUCAGGGACUCCACAUACACUAUAUCUAGGACACUUGUAGGCAUUGGGUGUUUUAGGGUAUUGCUUCCUUCUGCACUCAACCAUGGAAACUAAAAUAUCUUUGAUAAUGAUUGAAAGUAUGACUAGUUCCACGAAUCUGAAAGGCCUAAUGGUUUCUUUAUGAAAUGGGAAACUACUGUUAAUAGCAGAUAAAGGUCUCUGUGUGGAUUAGGGAACUUGAGUGUGUACUGUCCCCUACAGGCUUAACAUUUACAUUGCACAAACAUAAUCCAUAAUAAUCCUGACAAUUUCUUACUGUCAUCAAAAAUGCUUACACAGAAAUAAUAACAGAACAUACUAUAUGUAAAAGUUUUAUUUAUAUUUUUAAAUAAUGACAUAUAAAUUCCAAAUGUAAUGGCUGUGUAGGUGGUUUGCUGGCAUUCGAAAUGGAAGAAGGAAUCUUAUUAUAAUUAAAAUAUAUAUGAACAUUUACUGUCA